AUUGCUGUUAGCUCCCAGUCACUCAUUCACCAACCAGACCUACUCAUAACCGCCGGUGAACGACGUUACGACCCAUCUGCCGCACACAAAUAUCCAACUGCACCAGCAAACACCCAGCAAAACCACAUAUCGAAAUGCGUUACUCCUCUGCCCUGGUGUUGAGCACCCUCGCUGUCGGUCAGGCCGCCGCUGCCAACCACCACAACCGUCACGCAAGCUUCCACAGCAGGCGUCAGGCUGAUGCUAAGCGCUCUGCUGCCAACGAUGUCAACUGGAAGGCCGUUGCUUACGACCUGAACGACGUCGACUGGGACAAGGUCAACUGGAGCUCCGUCUUCAACUCGCCCACUCCGACCCCUACCCCCACCGCUCAGGCCACCUAUACCGUCGCUUCCGUCGAUCAGGACACCUCCACUGCGACACCUACUAGCUCCACUCCUGCCGUCAAGGUUCAGGAGAUCAAGACCUCUGCUACUCCCUCUUCCAGCACUGCCACCGCCACUUCUAGCGCUCCCGCCGCCACUUCCAGCGCUCCCGCCGCCACCACGUCUUCUUCAUCGUCUAGCGACCUUGGCGACGUGGUCUCUGAUCUUCUCGAAGGUGUUGCGUCUAUCGUUAAGUCGCUCGGCAUCGUCUCCACCGGAAAGAACGACAAGUCCAGCAACGGUGGCAUCUGGAUCGGCGACGACAGCGCCUGGAAGGCUGAGUUCACCAACGACGCCAACGAGGAUGCUGUAAUCUUCUGCUGGAAGGCCAAUGGCUUCUCUGGCAUGUCUCUGAAUGUCAACCAGCCUGAGAUUUCCGUUGGUCUCAAGUCUGGCGAGAAGACCGUUGUCUCUUUCGCUGCUAACGUUCCCGCUGCUUGCGCUCCUGCCUUCAGCUCCACGAAGCUUGCCAACUUCGGUGGUCUCGACCAGACUUGGUGGGAGGUCACCUUCGGCCAGUCCGGUGCUUUCGAUGUCUCCCGCAAUGUCAACAUGAAGGGCCGCACCAUCAGCUCCAAGGGCUCCAAGUGUGUCUCUGACAUGAACACCUGCGUCUUCAAGUGCAAGGAGAAGAACGGUGUCACCCCCGACUCUUGCGAGAGCGGAACCGACUACGAUCUGUUCGAGUGCGGUGCCUCUUCUGGCGGCGGCGGUGGCUACGACACUGUCAUGGCCGGUACCGGUGGCGGUUGCGCCAUGGGCUCCUCCAGUGAGACCGUCAAGGUUUCCUUCUCUUAAGCGUUGCGUUGUCCUUCUCAGGUCGGCGUCGUGUCUUUUGGGUUUCUUCGUGCACAUUUUUUCCUCAUAUUCCCCGUCCAUCUACAUCAGCUCUGGAUACUCCUGGCCCAUGGCGAUUUUCUGAUAUUGUCGCAUCUCCCAGGAUACUCUUACGACCUAUGGUCAUCCGACGUAGUACAUUGUGGACGAGGUUCUCGCAUCCGGACUCUUAGUGGCCGACGUGUGUUCU